GACAGGCGUACCCUGAUCGACGGCGCGUUUCUGCGAGUGGUUCCACCGUGAGGAAAAACCCUACUUUAUACUUUAUUCUCUCUCUCCGGUGUGUGGUGAACAGACAUUUUGAAAAGCUUCAUGCGUAGAAAAAUCUUUCGCUGUGGACUGAAAUUGAAGUAAAAUUCGAUUAAAACUGUAUUUUGUAAGUGUAAAACGUUUGCUAGUUAGUGAAAAACUGUUAAAUGAAAAGUACUGAAGGAAUGGAAAAGAUGUGUUAAGACUCUAUCGGUGAUAAAACUUUGGGCUAGGCUGCAACCAAGUUCAGUAUUGAUUUUCCAUUUUCUCCUGAUGGUAAUUGGAAAUCUGUGGAAGAGAAAUCGCAUAUGGUAAUGGGAUAUUAAACGAAUGCUAAAAUACGUCGUUUUAAACGUUUUCGCAUUAUCGGCAGUGGAAAAUUUACAAAUACAACGCAAUACUGGAACAAAUUUUAAAGUAAACGAGUGUAAAAACGCUGUUGAUAAGAAAAGUGACAUUAUUUCUCAUUAUCUCGACUCGACCCGAACCGAGGCUCGUUCUUGUUACUAUGUGGUCGUCGUGCAUACAUCGUAAAUGAGCUGAGCUUUCCAAAAGGUUUAAAUUUUCGUUUAUUCCUUUCUAUCAUAAAACGCUCUGUUGCUCUGCAUUCGAGAAAAAGCAGAGAUAAACAUUAAGUUUGAGGUUCGCGUGUGUUGGUGUCGCAUCGCAGGCUCGCAGUUCGGGACUCGGAACAAACGAAGAACAUGAUGGUGAUGAUGAAUCAAAAACAGCUGUGUAUGGAUAGAAUAAACAUUGCUACCCAUCAGUUAAACGGUGCCGUUUGUACAAAGUGUGUGUGUGCACAGUGAUGAUGAUAACAAAAACAAUAAGUUCAUACAUUAGAUAAUCGUUUGACUUUGAGGUAAAGCAGUGAGAGAGAGAAAAAACCAGUUCUAAUUAUAGUAAGCGAAGGAAAUCAUCGUCGUUGAGCCCCGCAGUUCCCAUUGAAAGAGCAGUAUCAUCGGCGCAUCAUUCCUCUCGAGUGAGAUAGAUCCCCGUGUGUAAGUUUGGCCAGCAGCCGCCCGCGCAAGCGAAACGCCAAAAUCCGACGGGUAUGCAAUUGAAUGGACACAAGGGGACGCCAAAGUGUCGUCUAUGGCCGAAUCCGUUGGUAAGCAAGUGCUCUCUGCAGUGACGGAGGGGCAUCAUCAUCACCAACAGCAGCAACAACAACAACAGCAGCAGCAGCAUAACCACCAACACCACCACCAUAACCAAAAUCAUCGCAGUUUUCAACCGCAUUCAGCAGCAGGGGUAAGCAGCGUCAGUAGCAGCGGUAGCGGAAGAUCUAGAGCUAGAUUUUCACAAAAGCAAACAAUCAAGCAGAACAAACAGCAGCAAAAGUCGCGGACAAUCUGUAACAAUCAAGCCACGGCUACGGAUUCCCGACAAACCAGCGGUAGCCGGAAACGAAAGCACGAAGAAGAGAGUAAGUUCGGGUGCGGUGGUAGUAGUAGUAGUCGCGUGACCGUAAGAGAUCAGCAUAGUUCGACACCGUCUCCGAUAGCUUUUCGUACCCGUUCGCGUACAGUUUCCAAAGAAAUUCAGCUUUUUGGCAGUGCCGCCGGAUGCAGCAAAGCUUCAAACCCUUCGACAGCAGCAGCAGCAGCAGCAGACAUCCGCAGUAAACUUUCGAAGGUAGCCGUUAAUGAGAGCACAAAAAGCUCUACCAGAUCGACUUUGAUUGCUUCACCUAGUGCAUCGACCCUUUCCUGUGCAUCGUCUCUGCUAUCGACAAUUUCUGUCAGUUCAUCCUUAUCCUCAUUUACGGGGGCAAUCGCAUCCUGUUCGACUCCAUCGAAGCACGUCGGCAGGCAGCAACAACAACAACAGCAGGAUCAUUUAGAUUUCGGACACAGCAGCGCCAGUAGCAGCAGUCGUGGAGGUAGUAUUAGUUCUAUCGCUUCUUCUUCGCACUCGAUUGGAAAGUCCAAACGUAAGAAGAACAGCAGUGAGUCGAAACUUUCGAAGAAAGUAGCAGAACGUCUGUUCAAACAAGAGCCCGCGUUCGAAGAGUACAAACCCACUGUUAGAAGCAGCUUCAAGAAAAGCGCCCAGCCAGGUAGUACGGUGGAAGAGGGACGUAAUCUGCGCUCUCAUCAUCACCACCAGACGGAAGUAGGACCAGCACACGUAGUAGUAGUAUCUUCGGCAACAGUACCGAAAAAGCGACAGAAAGUGGGGGACCAACAUCCGGACAGUACGGGCAGCAGCCAUAAAGCCCCGAACCUGGGGGCACGUCUAGCCCGUAGCAGCGGAGGUAGGGAGCCCCAUCAUCAUCAUCAGCAGCAGCAGCAGCAGCAUCAUUCCGGUAGUCAUCUCGGUAGUGCCAGUAGUGGUAGUAGUGGUAGUGGUAGUGGUCACAGCAAUAGCACCCAGGGGCACCUACCUAGCGGCCUGCUUAGACGUAGUUCUCGUGGAAAAGGUUCCCAUCAAUCCGCAACAACGGGUUCUUGUGUCAGCUCGAAUACCGCCAAUCCCAGCCAAAACCACCUACAGCAGCAGCAGCAGCAUCCACAAUCGUCCCACUCGUCGCGAUCGGGCAGCCAUCGUGGUGGUAGUUCCGGUAGCACUUCGGCCAACAAUCACGCCGCGGCUGGAACUUCCGGUACUACUGCCAAGGGUUCGUCCUACAAGGGCGGCUCGUCGUCGCUGGUAGUGGUUAACAAUAACAAUUCGAACCUGUUCGGUUCGGUGGCCAGUGCUAGUGGUUACGAUCCCAGUACUGCAGUUCCCGGUCCAUCGAACACAGCAAUGGCCAAUGAUGGCACCCGCGGCAGUAGCAGCAAUAACAACGGCGACCAUCAGUCGCAGCAACAGCAGCAGCACCACCACCAGCACCAGGGUGGACCCGGUUCGUCCCAUCCGUUCAUAAAACUGCACAAGGCAACCAGUUUGGGAUCGGCGGCGGCCAGCAGCUCGUCGACAGCACCGAUCGAUGUUAACAUGAUCAACGUCGCCAAUGCCGGUGCUUCCGCAGCAGCGGGUACUGCCUCGAACUCCGCUAACUUGGCGGCCACCACCGUUGUUCCGCAUCCGGAUUCCGAAAGUGAUGACAGCGAGGUCGGUCGGCUGCAGGCGCUACUGGAGGCACGUGGUCUUCCACCGCAUUUGUUCGGAGCGCUGGGUCCGCGGAUGCACCAUCUGUUGCAUCGUACGAUGGGGGCCAACAGCAGUUCCAAAGCGCAGCAGCUGCUCCAAGGGCUGCAGUGCCAGGACGAGAGCCAGCAGUUGCAGGCCGCAAUCGAAAUGUGCCAAAUGUUGGUUAUGGGCAACGAGGAUACAUUGGCCGGUUUUCCGAUCAAACAGGUCGUACCUGCUUUGAUUACGCUUCUACGCAUGGAACACAACUUCGACAUAAUGAACAAUGCUUGCCGUGCACUGGCUUACAUGCUGGAGGCACUGCCCCGAUCGUCCGGAACGGUGGUCGAUGCUAUUCCGGCUUUUCUGGAGAAACUGCAGGUCAUUCAGUGUAUGGAUGUGGCCGAGCAGAGCCUCACGGCUUUGGAAAUCCUUUCGCGACGUCACAACAAAAGUAUUCUGCAAGCAAAUGGGGUAUCCGCUUGUCUGACCUAUCUGGAUUUCUUCUCGAUAAAUGCUCAACGCGCAGCGUUGGCCAUCACGGCUAACUGCUGUCUAAAUCUGCACACGGAGGAGUUCCACUUUGUGAAGGAAUCACUUCCCUUGCUGGCUAGGUUGUUGGCUCAACACGACAAAAAGAGUGUGGAAAGUAUAUGCACGGCAUUCUACCGUCUGGUGGACAGUUUCCAGCACGAUCCAACCAUUCUGCAGGAAAUCGCCAGCAUGGAGCUGCUUAAAAACUGCCAACAGUUGCUGGUGGUUACGCCGUCCGUGUUGAAUUCGGGAACCUUUACCAACGUCGUCCGGAUGCUCAGUGUUAUGUGUGCCAACUGUCCGGAUUUGGCCAUUACUUUGCUGAAAAACGAUAUCGCUUCGACGCUGCUCUACCUGUUGACCGGGUCGGCUGAUCCGGUAUCGACCGACGUUGAGUUGGUUCCGCGAAGUCCAUCCGAGCUGUUGGAAAUAACAUGCUUGAUAGGCGAACUGAUGCCGCGUCUACCGACGGAUGGGAUCUUCGCUGUCGAUUCGCUACUGGAACGUACGCAGGCUAACGUACAGGACGCCGUUCAGUGGCAGUGGAAGGAUGACCGCGGGGUGUGGCGUCCGUAUUCGUCGAUCGAUUCGAGGAUGAUCGAAGCUGCGCAUUUAAAUUCGGAUGACGAAAUCAGUCUGAGCACACUCGGGCGCACCUAUACCAUCGACUUUCACUCGAUGCAGCAAAUCAACGAGGAUACCGGGACGACCAGGGCUGUCCAACGGAAGAUCAAUCACACGCUGUUAGCUCAACAGCAAGGCACAAUGAUUAUUACGGCUGGUCCGAUGACCCUCUCGAAUGUCGCCUCCGGCGAAACAGGUGAGCCAGGAGGGUCUUCGAUGGGUGCCGGAACAAGUCCGGGCGGUACUGGUUGCGUGAACCUAGCGGCGCGUCCUCCGAACGCUACUCGUGACGCACGGAUAGCCUGCUUGAAGGAAGAACGUGGUUUAGCAGCCGAAUUUAUUAAAAACCUUUUCUCCGUUCUGUACGAAGUGUACAGCUCUUCGGCCGGUCCUUCCGUGCGGUACAAAUGCCUACGUGCCCUGCUGCGGAUGGUCUACUUUGCCAACGGUGAUCUGCUGCGCGAUGUACUGAAAAAUCAGCUAGUUUCUUCGCACAUUGCCGGAAUGAUGGCUUCUAACGAUCUCAGAAUUGUGGUCGGAGCACUUCAGAUGGCGGAAAUUCUUAUGCAAAAGCUUCCCGAAGUAUUCGGGAUGCACUUCCGCCGGGAGGGAGUAAUGCAUCAGAUCAAUCAGCUGACCGAUCCUUCGAUUCCGAUUUGUGCUGCUCCGUCGCCGAAGUCCGGCACCCAGAGUGCACCCUCUUCGGCCACAAUUCAUCCACAUAAUUCGUUCGAUUUUGACAGUGCCAUUGCCUCAAGUUCAAAGACCAGCUCCCAGGCGAUCGCAAUCGUCGGUGGAUCUGGUUCCCAUGUCAAGAACCUAAACUCCGCUAUGAUGAUGGCCAGUAAGAUUAGCAUGUCCAUGCCGUCGACCAGUUCUACGCUGCUGCACUCACCAACCAAUGCCAACCUGCCCGGUACAUCGGGCAGUUUCACUGCAAUCAAUUUAAAUGCCUCUAACAAAGCGAUGCACCACAAUCACCACCACCACCACCAUCAGCAACAGCAGCAGCAGCAACAGCCACCGCAGCUGGCUACCAGCACCCUGCACUUGGAAUCGCUGGCCACGAACAUGCAGCCCAACAUCCCCGGUGCAAUCGCAGCCCCCAACAACGGAAACAUUCUGCUAAACGCCAUCUACAGUUCGGCUAUCCCAAUCAAUCAACAGGCGUCGUCGCACCACCACCACCAGCAACCGGAAGCCGGUUCCAGCAAGCAGCAAACCCACAUGUAUCAAACGCACCAUUUCCCCGAUACGUUUGCGUACAACGCCGAGCAGGGCAUCCUGACGUCUCCACUUUCGGUAGCAUCCGGUACGGGAACCACUCUGGUCGCGGCCACCACCGUUGCCGCUUCCCAUCACGACACUCGAUCUCACAGUCCAGGCCAGCUCAAGGUGUCCGACAUUCUGAAGCGCAAGGUUCCGCCGAAGCGGAAAUCGCAAAGCAGUUCCAAAUCAAAAUCACGCCACGAUGAGGCUGGAAACUCUCAAUCCGCCGCAGGCGCAGCUCACGCUGCACUGCCCAGCGGAUCUGCCGUGGCCGGAACAUCCACAUCCUCCUCCACCACCUCGUCGGUGAUGCAGGAACUGAUCAACAAGGCGACCACGCUGGGAUCCUCGUCCGGUCGAAACACCCCGUCGUCCAGUUCCCGCUCGCGCUUUUCCGGAGCUUCUUCGAAGACCACCUCUUUCCUGGCUUCGCUGAAUCCGGCCCGCUGGGGCCGCCAGUCGUCAUCCUCGUCAUCGCACCAUUCCGGCACCGGAACGUUCGCGAAAGAUGGCUCCAACGCGCUAGCCAAAAGCCAAUCGAACUCCAACCUGAUCGCUGCCGGCAACCGCGAGAAGGCUCGCCAAUGGAUCCGCGAGCAAUCGAUCAGCUUCGUCAGCCGGUACUCGUCCGAUAGCGUCGCGGGCGUGGCGGGCGGACUGCAGCAUCCGGCCUGUUCGAUUCUAGCACGUUUGACAGGUGCUAUUCAGAAACUGGACGGCAAUCACAACGAUUGCCUCGGUGCUCUCAAGGAGCUUCGUGACAUUCUGAUGCAGAGCGACAUAUCACCGUUCGAGGUGAACCAUUCGGGGCUGAUCCGUGCGAUGCUGAACUAUAUGGCUGACGAGGGGAGCCAGCAGCUGGUCGAACGUUCGGAUCGGCUGCGCAUGUUUCUGCACGUGUUUGCCAGCUUGCCGCUGGACGCGGGGCACUACAGCAGCGUUGGCCCGUCGAUCAAUAGCGCACCGUUUAGCGCGUUCGUAGCCAAGCUGAACGGAUGCGUCACCCAGCUGGAGCAGUUUCCGGUAAAAGUGCACGACUUUCCGGCCGGCGUCGGUGGCCGUUCGAACACAAGUGCUCUUAAAUUUUUCAACACGCAUCAGCUGAAGUGCAACCUGCAACGUCACCCGGAGUGUACGAACCUUCGCCAGUGGAAGGGUGGCACCGUUAAAAUCGAUCCGCUUGCGCUGGUGCAGGCCAUCGAACGCUAUCUGGUGGUUCGCGGCUACGGUGGCAUUCGGGUCGAUAGCGAAGAAGAUUCCGAAGAGGAUAUCGAUAACAUCGAUGCUGCUGCAAUGAUUUCGAUGGGCGGUCUGAAGCAUAAGCUGCAGUUUCUCAUCGGCGAGCAUGUUCUGCCGUACAAUAUGACGGUCUAUCAAGCCAUCCGGCAAUACUCUCCGUUGGUAAAUGAUCAGUCGGAAACGGAUACGGACACCGAAACGCCAAUUGGAAGCGCUAGCAUUUGGGUCCAGCAGCACACAAUCUACUACCGUCCGGUAGAGGAGGACCCUAGCGGAACGUCCAAGAGUGGUGCCUCCAGUUCGUCAAGGAAAAACAGUAAAAAUUCGCAAUCAAAGAUAAUGCGACGGAAGCCGGAAUUCUGGAUCGAUGGAGUCGCUCCGUCGGUUGUUUCAUCGUUGGUACCAUUUUUGACGUCGAAACUGCCGGACGUUGUUACGGUGCAGGACGCCUCCCUGGACGCUCUGUGCAUGCUGCGCAUCAUAAACGCACUCAACCGGCACUGGGCGACGCUGUACUUUUCCGUGCCUCAAACGCACAUCGUUCCACAAGCAGAGUUCAUACACUCCAAGAUUGCUGCCAAGGCUAGUCGCCAGCUACAGGACCCGCUGGUCAUCAUGACCGGCAAUCUGCCCCAGUGGUUGCAGCAGAUUGCAGCCGCCUGUCCAUUCCUGUUUCCCUUCGAAACACGCCACCUUCUGUUUUACGCCGUUUCCUUCGACCGUGACCGGGCGUUGCAACGUCUGCUCGAUACGACGCCGGAUCUAAACUCCGCAGACACCAGCGAGCGCGUUACGCCUCGUUUGGACCGGCGCAAACGUGCCAUAUCACGUGAGGACAUUCUCAAGCAGGCGGAAUCAAUCUUCCAGGACUUUGGUCACUCGAAGGCCCUGUUGGAGAUUCAGUACGAAAACGAAGUCGGCACCGGUCUCGGGCCGACGCUCGAAUUCUACGCACUGGUUUCGACGGAACUACAACGCUGUGAUCUAGGAUUAUGGAACGAUAGCGACAGUUACAAAAACAACAACCAGCAGUCGAGUUCGAUCGCGGACAACAUUGUCAAGUCGUCGUUGAAUCAGAUCGACGACGACACAACAACCACCACGAACACGACGACUGCCACGUACAAUAGCAGUUCGACAAUGGGCACGAAUCGGUCGUCGCUUUCGCCGACGGUUACGCACCAGCAGGACAGUGACCAUAACGUCAGCGACGGUAGCUUCGUGAUCAGUAACGACAAUUCGCUGAACAUGCUGAUCGAACAGUCGGACAAUCUGCUGAUCAACAAUCCGCAACAGGCGGAGAUGGAGAACAACCAUACGCCUCCGCCGGCCAACAAUCAGCAGCAGCACUCGCUGAUAUCGCCGACGUCCGCCGGAAGCAGCUCCAGCGUUUCGUACGUCAACGCGCCGCACGGGCUGUUUCCGAUUCCACUUAGUAAAACGGCGAAAACUUCGCAGAUCUCACGCUUAAAGUACAAGUUCAAAUUCUUAGGCAAAUUUAUGGCUAAAGCUGUGAUGGAUAGUAGAAUGCUCGAUUUACCCUACUCGAUACCGUUCUAUCGGUGGUUACUGGCCGAAGAGAACUCGCUCGGUCUGCCCGAUCUGGGCACGGUUGCACCGGAGGUGCAGGGAACCCUGCUGCGGUUGAACGAAAUCGUCAAACAACGCGACCAGGUGCAACUCGAUCUCAGCCUCGAUGCAAUGGAAAAGACUGAAAAGAUUGAAUCACUCGACCUGGAUGGAUGUCCGAUUGCGGACCUCGGGCUGGACUUUGUCCUGCCCGGUCAUCCGAACAUCGAACUGCGGCGCGGUGGUCGCGACAUGCCCGUCACCAUUCACAAUCUGCAUCAGUACAUUGCGCUGGUGACCCACUGGUUCCUGCAGGAGGGCGUCUCGCGGCAGUUCGAAGCACUGAGAGAAGGAUUCGACUCGGUGUUCCCGGUGAACCGGCUGCGUAUGUUCUACCCGGAAGAGAUGGAGAACGUGUUCUGCGGUUCCGGGCUGGGCAGCUUGUCGCAUACCCGCUGGGACAUGCGCAUGUUGGCCGAGUGCUGCCGAACGGAUCACGGUUUCACGCAGGACUCCCAGGCCAUUCAGUUCUUCUACGACAUUCUGAGCGCUUACAACCGGGAGGAGCAGCGCCUGUUUCUGCAGUUCGUCACCGGCAGUCCGCGUUUGCCGACCGGCGGGUUCAAGGCGCUGACCCCGCCGCUUACGAUCGUACGCAAGAAGAUGGACGGCAACCAGGAUCCGGACGAGUAUCUGCCUUCGGUGAUGACCUGCGUCAACUAUCUCAAACUGCCGGAGUACUCGAGCCGGGAAACGAUGCGCCAGAAGCUGAAGCUGGCGGCCAGCGAAGGCAGCAUGAGUUUCCAUCUAUCCUAAGUUGGACAAUCGAAGAAGAACCGGUGCCGGUACUGGGGAGAGUGGGUUUAAUGCUAGUCGCAGUGCGUAUUUUUUCGUUUUGUUUAUCAUAAUUUAUACCGAAUUGGAUGAUGAUUCGAUGUUUCGUGAAAUGCUAUUCGUUGGGGUCCUCGUGUAUUAUAGAGAACACACCUGCACUAACUGAAAUGCGCAAUACCGUUUGUUUUAACCAAAUAAAACUAGUGAAGUGAAUCCAAUAUUUGAACGCGAAUGUGUAAAUAGAGCAGAGAAGAGAGACGUUAUGUUACAAAAGCCUGAUAAUAUUGAUUUUGGAAGAGAAGGACACCGAUUCCUUCCGAUUGUUUUCGAUUUAGUCUUCAAUCUUAACUAUGGCGACUGUUUGACUCAGACGGGUAAUGAUUGUAACGAGAAGGAUAAGAAAACAAUGCGAUGUCCCACCGGUAGAGCAGAAAUUCAUAAUUUUCUUAGAUUGUUUUUUUUUUCUUUUACGCGAUCAUCAGGCUGUUUAUAUUUUGUUUGUUUUUACCUAUUACAAAUGGAAAUUGAUUUUCUUUUUAGUUCUAGUUCUAUUUUUGUUGAGGGAGUGUGGCACAGAUAGCGUGCGAUAGGAGCAUAGAAAUGCCACAGUGCAAUGUAAAAAAAACUAAUAAAUAAAAAAGAAGCUAUCAUACGGCUCUGAAGAUCCCUUUCACUUUCUUCUCCCCCUUCAGUGGCUGAAGCUGUCAAACAAUUUAUGCUGGUAAAGCCAGAGAACGAGAAUUGCCUAUGUCACAAAGCCAUAGCAGUUUUAUCUCUAUACGUUUAGCUUUCCUUUAACUCUACCCUUAUUAAUCGCAACGUACAUGGAUAGAUGGUCAUCCGAACUAAGGUAAUAAAUGGACGUGGAAUAUGAUUCAAAGCAAAUAUCAAUAAACAAUCGCGAAAGAAAGGUCAGGCGAUGUUUCGAGCAUUAAAAAAGUGUGUAUUAUAUCUUGUUUUAUUUUUUCUGGAAAAACCACAAAUCAAUACCAACAGAAAAUAUAGUAAAAUAUUGGCAAACUGAAAUCUAAAAACAUGUAUCUUAUAAAAUGUACCGUAAAUAAUAUACAAAAUCAAGCAGUUAGCAAGCAUUAAUUGUAACAGAACAGAAUGCCCGAAGAGAGUUGGCAGAGGUUGGUAGGCAAAUGAGCGGUUGCAAAACCCUAACGGCGGAGAGUGAAUGUGAUUGCAGCGUUUUCAAUAUCCCAUACAAACAACAACAACAACAACACCGAAACGCUGGCCGAUUGAUUGAUUGAUUGAUUGAGUUUAGGAGAUACGAAGCACAUCAAAUCUUAUAGUUUCAAACUGAAAUUGCGUGUGAUUGGCCACCUGGUCUGCUCUGUGCGUGAUGCGUUUUGACAGUGAUUGUGUGGCAAAAGAGAGAGAGAGAUAGAGCGGCGUGUAUUGAGAACAACAUUGAAUACGAUAAGCGUAACGAUAAUGAUAACAACAAUA